GAUCAAGAUCAAGAUUCAGGAAGGCGUGAGUCUUGCGUAGUACUUCUGCAGUCAACAUCGUGGAGAAAGAAGAAAAAAUAGUGUCAUUGUGGUGUUUUCGCUGCACAGAACAACAAGGAAACCACUAUUUCACUACAUGCAAGAUAGGUAACAGCAAACCCAAUAAUUACAGUCCCACAAACAAGAGGUCAUAACACAUCGUAGAACUCAUCCCAGAGCCAGUCUAACACAAGGCACAAGAAAAUUCUUGGAAGAAAUAAACUGAACCUGUGAAGGCAUCAUCAGCACCAGCAUCUCUUAGGGUGGCUCCAAUGCACACAUUGGGUUGGCAGUCAGCCUAUUAUAAUGUUCAGCUUCUCAUCCAAGGUGAAGUGGCUGGGUACUGGAACCAGGGUUACAGCAUAGUAGUUAGGGAUCUACAUAUGUGCUCUAUGUGGCUGUGCUGCAUAAUGUAACACUGACCAUACAAAGGAAAAAAAAAAAGAACAACUUGUAUAGCGUUAUGCAUAAGGCUGAGGCAAGAGUGCACACCAGGACCAGUGAAGUGUCAAUUGAGCUGAGUCAGCACCAUCCACCUGGCUGAGGCUCACCAUGGAUCAUCCCCAGAGAGAUGUGUCCAGGGAGCAGCAACAGAAUGACCAGCCAGAAGGGAGUCUCUCCACCCCCUACACAGAUGAAACUGAUGCAAAACCCAGCACAGUAGAGGGACAGCAUCAGCAUCCUUCAUACUUAGAGCAAGAGGAAACAGAUCUGAAACAAACACAACUUGUGCAGGAUUUGCCAGCACAGAAAAAUGAAGUGAUGCCAACACAGCAAAGUCAAGAAAUACAAAAGCAAGAAGACCACAGAAAAAUUGCACAUCAAAGCCAAGAGCUGGCAGCACAUGAUAACCAAGAGCAGCAGAUCUCCAUUGCAGGCCAGGCCGAUCAGUCACUCUCAUCCUCAGAGCAACACCAAAUGAAACAAUUCACUCAGAACCAGAAGCAACCCCAGAGGCUCCAACCCUCAGACAAAGACCAGCAGCAGCGGCAGCAAGAACAGCAGAUCAAGAAGCUGAAGAAAAAGCUGGUUGGAGAGAACCAGGAGCGCAUCAAUUUCCUGGUCCAGGCGUCCCAAGCCAUGGGCCUCACAGCCGACUCAUCUGGUGGAGUCACAGGUCAGCGGGCACUGGCAGCUCAAGUGGGCAGCCUGGCCAGUGCUGUGGGGCGCCGCUGUGUGCUGCGCCUUGCCCCGUCUCUGAAGCGCUGCCUGUGCAAAGGCUGUGGCACAGCCUUGGUGUACGGCCUCAAUGCCCGAGUGAGACACCGGUCCCGGCGCCAGAAGCAUCUGGUGGUGACCUGCCUCACGUGUCACACCAUCAAGCGCUUCAUCAAUGACCCGAAGCACCGGCUGUGGUUUGAGCAGGAAGAAGCAUUGACGUGAAGCAGUGGACCAGGGAACAAACUCUUUCCCACCAUGAACACUCAGCCAUAUGGAAGCUGCGGAUGCCAAGCCAUUUCAUGUGUAAGCUGAUGUAGGGGAGUGCUGAGUCAAACACUAAUCAACAACAACAAAAGGGAUUCAACAGCCAAGACCAACACCAAUACCAGAUAGUUUUGGCAGAAUCAUCAUUGCAGGUGUUGUCUGAAUCCUGGUUAUUGUGAUUGUGGUUGAGAGAAACUGUCAAAGGGAAGCUAUUUUAAUGAAGAAAACAUUCCCUCUAUAAUAUCAACUUAAGAAUGAGAUUUUGAAUGUGUCAAACAAGAAGAUGAUUUUCAUGAAAGCUGUAAAGACUUUAGUGUUCUAAAGUUUUGAGUCCAGUGAUUAAGGAGGAAGUGAAGAAAGAUGCCUUGUGGAUGAUUCAGUAUUUAUUUGUUUUGAAGCAACUCUUAGAGAAAUUCCUUCUAGAAGCAAAGCAGCAGUCUUGGUCUGUGUAGAAAAUACUGUUGUUGAGUGCUUGGAGUGGUGGUCUGAUGAGCAGUGAGCGUGUGUGAGUGUGUGUAGACAAGUGGCUUGCACAGGUAGCUCAAGAAAGAGUCUAUCCAAAGAUUUGUCAGAAGUCAGUACUGUCCAUGUGACAGUGUGUUGAAGGCCAUGUGCCAUGCUAGCCACAGGAACCCAUCCAGUUAACUGGGUGGUGAGAGAAGUUUAGUCACAUCUUCAGGGUAGAAACAUUGUCCUAUGAAUUGGCACACAUACGUGUCUUGUUGGCUGUGAUAGUACAUUGUAUCAGGCUUCUGGUGCUGACAUAAACUUGUGUUUCAUAGA